UUGAAAUAACAACUACAGUUACGGAGACUGAGGUUGAGAUGGAAACUAAUCCUCCUGUUGCUGCUGAAAGAAAACAACAAAAACUUGAACCUUUGAAGUACCAAGGCCUGUACCAAGGCAAGCUACGCAAAUGGAGCAGAAGGUUGUUGUCAGUGAAGAGGAAAAGCCAGCUGUUGGUGAGCGAAUUGAGUCUAUAAGCAGUCCUGUAUUGAAGAGCCCUCCCAAGGUCCCACCUAAACCAAAGGCAAGAGCAUCUUUGACUGAUGCAGCUGCUCCUCCAGCACCAAAGUUUGAGGAGACUGUUGUCAAAAGCCAGACAGAAGUGAACGAAACUGUGAAUGUUGACACCAAACCCAAAUUUGUUUCUAAUAUUUUGGUAGAAAAAGAAUCUUCUCCACCGAGAAUAUCAACGAAAUCAAUGGUAAUGGAUGAAAUUGAUGAAGGUGUUGUUCCUGAUAUUAAGGCAAAGCCUCAUGAGAAGACCCCUCCACCUGUGCCACCUAAGCCACGACGUACAUCUUCUGCUAGCUCAGAUGUAUCAUCCGUCAUAUCAGAUGACUUUCACAUAGAAAAUGAAGUUGAGUUUGGUCAGAGAAGAAGGAGACGAUCAUCUGCUAGUUCUGAAAAAUCCACAGCAUCUGUCAAAUCUGAUGGAAGACCUGAAGAAACCUAUGUGCCCAGAAGAAAAGAUGAGCAUGCUCCAGAAAAACGUUCUGUCAAGGAAAAAAUGGCUGCCUUUGAGGCUUUCCAAAAAGUCGAUGAAACUGACGUCUCAAGGAGAUCAUCAAGCAGUUCUGUUACAUCAGUCAGAAAGAUCUCUAGCUCAGGUCAAGGACACGAGGUUCCUGCACUCAAAACUGUUGACCCUCCCAAACCAAAAAGUAGAACUGAUCUUGUGUCAUCUCCAAAGAAGAAUGGGCCUGAAGAAGAUGGUGUGUUUAUUGUAUCUCGUAUAUCUAUCAAGUCUCAAGUUCAAUCCGACAACAAGGAGGAGAAUUCCUCACCUGUGUCUCCUACAUCACCAACAUCUCCAAAAUCGCCCGAUGGUAAGGUGAAAAUAAAUUCAGCACUAGCUCCUAAAAAGCGGACAGGACUCUCAGAGCCAAAGACAAAGCCUGAGCAGGGUCAUUAUCACCAUGCUGUUCCCAAAACCUCAUCCUCCAUCUUCAAGCCAACAGGACUUGAGCGACUGAAAAACAUUACUGGUCAUAACACUGAUAGUGGUGAAGUUGCUCACUCAUCAAGUCCAGAUGGAACAUAUAAAAUUGGCCAAGUCAAAAUGAAUAAUGCUCUAUCUCCUAGAAGAAUAUCAACAGGGGAACCACCGUCUCCAGUUGGACUUAAGUUUGGUUCUUCUGCCUAUAAACUGCAUGCUGGAGAUGGAAAAAAGAUAAUGUCAACAUCUAAAUUGUCAGGUAAGAAAUUUGUUAGCACCAAAGACACACACAGCAAUAAAGAAGACACCACUGCACUUGUUACAGCCAAAUUUGUGCACAUAACUGAGCAAUCUGGAAUUGACACUUAUGUCAAAGACAGUUCUGCAUCUUCACUUGAAGCACCAAGUUCUCAUUCAGUUGUUAAAUCAUCCUAUGUUACAGAUCACGAGCAUGUUGAUGUUUCACAAAUUGUACCAGAUUCAGCACAAGACACAGCACAGCAAAGACAGGGACACAGAUCCAUCAGGGGUGUUACUGAGGAUGUGUCCACAACUGACAACACUGAGUUUUAUGCUCAGAGUUCAAUGCCAGAUACACCGCUGCACAAAGAUGUUACAUUAAAAGUUGACCUAAAUUCAGGAAGUUUGAUUAUUGAUGGUGCCACAGUGAAAGAUUCAAACACUGAUGAAACAGUAGGUACAGAUAGUGCUGAGAAUGAAACUGAAAUUGACAAUGUUAAUUUCAAGACUGAAGAGGUUAAAGAACAAAUUACUGUCCCAUCAAAGAAAAUAGACUAUGAAGAAAAGGAACCAGUUCCAUCUAAGCAAGAAACAGUGACAACUGCAAUACAGGAAGAAGUGCCUAGUCCUGCACACCAGGAGGAAGUGUUGACCUCUGAACAACAGCAAAACGUUUUGACUCCAGAGCAGCAUGUGGAGAAGUUAGUAGAUGGAAGUAGUGGUUUUGCUGCAAAGAUUGUGGCAGCUUCCCUCGAAGCAGCAAAAGAGCAGCUGAAAGUAGAAGCAAAGGUCAAGGUUAACGAACCUUCAGAUACCGUGCCUGAAAAUGCAGAAAUUCAAAUAGCUCCUGUUCAGGCAGCUAGUGCAGAAAGGGUGACUGACAAUCAGGCAGAUGUACCAAUAAAAACAUUAAGAAAUGAAAGAUCUAAACAUGAUCAAGAUACACAAAAACAACAGCCUGUGUCUAAAAAUGAAAUCAAGGUAAAUAUUGAAGAGGAAGUGACAACAACUGCUUCAGCAACUGUUUCAGCACCACCAAAUUCAGUAGAUAUAGCGGAUGAGGAUGAGCUUGAAACCAAUGCAUCUGAAAUAGUGGCUGCUACAUUAGAGUCUGCUAAAAACCAGCUGGAACAUGUUGAACAAGCAACUGUUGUGUCAUCUCCCUGCCCCUCUCCCCCACCCUUGCCAGGCUCAGCACCUCCUCCACUACCUUCUGGACCUCCUCCUCCAAUCCCAACAGAAGAGCCUGCUGAUGAUUUGGUAGAAACUGAUACACAUAGUGUAAUGUCCAGAACGGUUACUGAGGUAGUAGAAUCAGUUCCUGUGUACAUCCCAGAACCUGAAGUCAAUGUUUCAGUCCAGCCUGAACUGAAGAGCAAGCUUAAUGAUACAGAUGAUGCCCCACCUCUUCCUCCAGGGCCCCCACCACCAGGACAGACUCUUCUGGGUGGUGAUACAGAUGUACAGUCAGUGGAAGUGACAGCUGUGGCAUCUACAGACAUCAAAUAUCAACCCAAACCUAAGUCUAGAACCACAGUUGAGAAAACAGAGGAAAACAAUGAAUGGGUUGAAGAGAUUGAAAAGGUUGCAGCUCAAGAGUCUAAAUUUGAUUUGUUGAUAAAUUUUGAUUCUCAAAAAAUGCCCAAGAUUGAAAAUACUGCUACCCUGAUUGAGACCCCAUCUUCAGAUACCGAUUCUGGUGUCAGCUUGCAGAUGACCUCUCCAACAUCUCCUAGUGCAAUAGAGAACGGUGCUGUGGAAUUGCCAGGUUCUUCAAAUAUAUCUGAUUCAACAACUACAGAGGUGCAGAGUUCUCUACAUAAUACAGUAAAGCUGGUAUCAACAUCGGUGGAGCCUGUAGUAGCUUCAUCUGUGAGUAGAAAUGACAUUGAAUCCAUGACUGAAACUGGUCCAGGAUCUCUUCAAACAAGUUCUACUAAAACUGUCACUGUGCAAUAUAGUUCAAAUAUUUCUUCGCAUGAACAAGAUUCCUUUAGUUCUGUUGAUUCACUGCAUGAUAACACACCUUCAGUUGUGCCAACCAAGACCCAAGUGUCGGUCACUAACACAGACUCUCGUGAUAAAGAAAUUCCUGCACCUGUGUCACACGAGUCACAAGUUUCAGCAUCCACCGAAAUCUUGUCUGAUUCCAGCAAUGCUUCUAUCUCCCAGGUAUCAAGCUCCCGAGAGUCAUCUCCAAGCGACGCUCUCAAAGAUUCUAAAUCAUCUCGCUCUUCAUCCAGUAAAAAAGUAUUUUCAUCUACUCCAACUAAAGAUAUUGCUAACAGUCAACAUUCUGUUUUUGAACCAGAUGUUUCAAGUAUCCAGUUUAAUUCAACAAAGGUAAAUACUUCUAGAAAUGAACCGCAAACAGAAAGACUGUCAUCUUCAAGUGUUCUGAACAAAUCUUUAAAUGUAUCGACCAAGUCAAGGACGUCCUCAACCAGUGGAAACAAACGGAGAUGGAAGAUGGUUAUGACUGGUGGGGAUGCAGUGGAUAUGUCCAUUUCAGAUCUGACGAAAGUCUCUGAUACAAGCCUCAUCUCAAGGGAUGAACUCUCCCGUAUGAUAGACUUAGCUAAUCAGAGAAUGGAUAAGACAGGGAUUUCUUUGGAGGAUGAAAUUGUAGUUGUGGUUUUGACAAGGGACAAUCAAGAGCAGGACCUUGGGUUUGAACUCAGAGAUGGUAUUCUCAGAUCAAAAGUGGUGUGCGGAUUAAAGUCUGGGGGCCUUGCUGAGAAGGACCAGCGUCUGCAGCUCAAGGACAACCUGUUGUCGGUCAAUGGUAGCUUGGUUGAUGACCUGUCAGCGGAGGAGGUGAUGAAGCUGCUGAGUCAGCCCAGUCAGCAUGUGACGCUGGUUCUGGCUCGAGAGGGCACCAACACCAGCAGCAAUGGAAAGACUACAGCAGACACCAGUGUCAACGGAAAUGGAACAGAAGCCCCCGUACAAGAAGGCCCAGGGAUAUUUGAGGUGGUGAUGAAGAAGGGGGUCACAGGUGUUGGCUUCUGUCUGGAAGGAGGGUUAGGCUCACCUAAGGGCGACAUGCCCAUACUCAUUAGAAGGAUAUUCAAAGGAGGGCCUGCAGAAAAAUGUGGUCAGCUGCGAGUCAAAGAUGAAAUCUUAAAGGUCAAUGACACUGAUUUCACAAACAUGCGGCAUUACGAAGCCUGGAACAAUCUCAAAUUUCUACCUGACGGAGAUGUCCACAUAUUGAUCCAAAGGAAAUAAUGCAACAGGCGUUAUCUCCCUUCCGUGCAUAUCCAAUGCCGUCUGUUUGUAGUGAUUCAGGAUAAAGAUCAGCAGGAGUUAUCUCCCUUCCACCGUAUCUACCACCCAGCAGACGACACCUUCAUUACUCUCGGUAUUAUUGAGAGCUCUGAGACCACGCUAUCGCUGAGAGGAGCUUGGUGUUUUUCCUUCACCAUUGUAAUCCAUCUACAUCUGGUGCAAGUCGAUGUAAUUCGAUUGCCUCCACAAGACUCAGAGAUCAAUACUGUGAUAGUUUACAGUAGUCACGUGUAACACGCAGCUGUGACUUCCACCAAGUGUGGAAACGCGACUCGCCCUCCAUACUUAAACCCACCUGUGGACAAUUAUCCUUUUCACAUCAUACGCCUGUACAUGGUGAUAUUAGACAGUUACUACUGUAAAGCUUUACAAGUCAUGUAUAUUGUAUCUGAUCCUAUAAGUGUAUUCAAAAGUGUGUAGUUUCAUAAAUUUCAUUUUUUAAAACUUCAUUUUGUCAGCAUCUUUAAAAAUAUUGUAUAAAAUCAAGCAUCAAGAUCUAUUUAAAUAUUAAGACAAAACUGGAAAGUCAUUAAAUUUUAACUCAUAGAUUUAUGCAAUAUUAAGAGAACUCGUGUAAACAUUAUGCUGAUAUAUAGUAAAUAAUAGAAAAUAGUUUCACUGUUUUCUUAUUUUAUGACCCAUCACAGCUACGAUGUGUGUCUCAAAUGCAGAGUGAUUUCCAAACUAAAAGUACCAUACAGAAAAUAUGAGCUACUAGAACCAAAAUAACAAUAUUUACUGGCUGUAUUGUGGCCUAUAACAAAUUAAUACACUAGUGUUGAUUCAUUAUGAAUUAAUUCAUGAUUUUGGCAAGAAUCUCCUAAGGUAUUUUUCACUGAAUUCAAAUCCCACUUGUUGAAAUUAUUUGACAACAAUUGGUCAGUUUUAUGUGAUCAAGAGCCUGUCUAUCAAUAAACAACAUCUGGUAUAAAUUUGCCCAAAGAGAAGUCAGAUGUAUGGAAAAAGCCCUGACUGAAAUAUUGUGUAAAAUGUACAUUUUCUAUGAAGUAAUUUGUCAUGGUAAUUGAAAACUCAUUGGUAUUAUUUUUGCUUAAUUCUAUAUUAAAGAUAUCCUCCAUCAAAUAUGUUUCAAGUACACAUUUCAAAAUGGCCAACACUUUGCUUUGCCAUGGUAUUCCAAUUAUAACAUAACAGUCCUGUGAAGCUUGCUUGAUCUCAGAAUCAUUACCGAUACUUUGCAUACCCAAAUUAUGAUGAUGUAGCUAAACUUUGGGAUGUUUUGACCACAAUGUGCUGACUUAGAGGCCCUACAACUGACCAGCUGUUAUUGCUUCUUUGUAAGUCCAGGGCAGAGAGUAUUGAUCACGGAGGCAUAUGUCAGCUUGUCUGGAUUGCUGGUAUAUAUCUGGCUGUGUCAACUGAUGAGGAAAUAUACACUGGCCUGAACAUCCUAAGGUUACAGCUAUACCUAUGUAUCUAUUACAACCUCGCUGAUCUGUUUCAAUAGUUCAAGGAUUCCAGGAGAAAGAAGCUAUAUAAGCUAUCUCUGAUCAACGUUACAUCUACUUUCUGUUUAAGUAAUAAAGUCCUCAAGAAAAGGAUUAUUAUGAAUUUUUAAUCCUAAGUGCUAAUCAUUUUUAAAAUAGGGGCAUGUGGAACUUCCCCAGCCAUGUCAGAAAUGGAGAAUCUUCUCUUGUCCCCGAAAAUAAGAUUUUUGUGGGAACAGUUUCAAACUUUCAAAUUUCAAAUCACUGUCAAUAUUUAGGUGUUGUCCCUACACUUGAAGGGUGUGGUCCAUACAGCUCGCUGGGAGGUCAUUUCUGGAACUUUUGAGUAGUUCCUGUUCCUGCUUUGUGGGACUUACUUAUCACAGAUUACAGUAACCACACCUUGAUAAUGAAUAUAUCACAAGAAAUGUGUGUAAAUAGUUAGUUAACAAUACUUCUCUGGUAAGAGUUUUUAUAAAAACCCAACCCAAACCUCAAAAUGUCCUUUGUAAUAACCACAAACAUUUGUCAUGUCGAGACUUAUUCUCCAAGUAAGAAUCAUAUAUAAGAUAUUUAUCUGGAUAAUGGGAUAUAUGAAACGUACCAAAAUAUGAAUAUCAUUGAUAUUGAAUAUAUAAUUUCAUACCAUAACAAAAUUUUAUAGUGCAGGAUGGAAGUCUCAAGAUACAUUUUUCAAAAUGGUCUCAGCUUUCACUGUGAUGAGAUUUAAAUGCUAAUUUAAGGUAUGUUUUCAUCUCAUUUCACAAAUUCUUCAUACUUGGAAUGUGCAUGCUUAGGACAAACAUAUUUGGCAUAGUUUUUUUAUGUAGGUCACGAUGACAUGUAUAUAGACAAAUAUAUGUACAUAGGUCUCUGUUCAUUGUUCUGUACAUAGCAUAGAUGAUGUGUUAUAUCUGUUUUAUUGUCAUGUUUCUUGUCAAGAUGAAUACAAAUACUAUCACCAUGCUGUCCGCAGACAAUUAUCUUUUAUUGUACUUAAGAUAGAAAUGUAACCAAACUAGAGUUGAUGUGGGAACUACUCUGAGCAUGGAAUUGUUCUUGCAUAUCUUUUCGAAUUCAUUGUUUCAUAAAUUUCAGAGUAUGAUUAAACUGUGGACUAAACUCUGAAGUAUCAAUGAUGUCAUCACUUGUAUUUAGGAUGAUUUUCUGUGUAACAUUCUGAUAGGGAUGUAUGUAGGUAUAUAUAAACAUUUAUGUCCAUGAGAUUAUAUUAAUGUCAGUGAGCUUUUUCACUUCUGUAAACUUCACCACAAAAUUAAACUACUAAAACUAUGAGGAUGAGAGGUUAAAAUCGGUCCCCAGCAACGUAUGCUGGUUGCUAGGGGCAACGUUUAGUUGCUCACAAUAUUAUCCACUGUGGUCAUAGUUUUACGUGAUUAGUUAAAGGCCAGCUUAAAAUAUUUGGAAUAAUGCUGCAUUAAACAGCUGAGGAAUAUUCCCACUCACAAUUAGAAUAUGCCCUGAAUAUGAUCAGGUCAUGUAUUGACAUUAUAGUUUUUCCCUGUAUAAAGUGAUUGUACAGUUUUCCUGAAUGUGGAAUGUCACAGUAAUCUUAUUUCUCUAAUCUAAAAUGCUUCCUUCAAAACAUAUUUUCAAUCAGCAACAACAAGAGUUGAGGAAGUUCAAUAGAACUGAUUUUGUAAAAAGUCCCAGUUUCAAUAUGUAGAUAUGAUACUGAUUUUUAUACCAAAUGACAAUUUCACAAUGUUAAUGUACAUAAUCACAACCGAGAUAGAGCAGGUACUUAUGUUUCAUCCUCGCUUUACAUUAAAAUGAGACCUUUUCAUUCAGUAUUUGAAACCUCUCACCAGGUAUAAAUCAGACUAAAAGGUCUUAUUUUGAUGAGAUGGUUCAAUCUUCCCACCUAAUGGUGAGAUGAAAGAAUAUUUUAUUAAUAGGCACACAAUAUUUGCUACUUGUCAGUGCUUUCUUAUUGCCUGAAGACAAUGUCCUGUUGUCCUAUCAUCUUGGAGAGAACUCCAGGAGCUGUAGCUGUUCUUGGUGGUAAUGACUGUGUGUACCCUGUUUCCUGUGUAGUUUCAGUUCCAUGUUCUAUAUUAAAUAGAUAUGUGAUGCAUGUGUUUGCCAAUUAUUUUGUGUUGAUUUUGUAACAGUCGCAAUAUGAUUAUUUAUAUUUAUAUUGUUAAUAUCCAGAAAUAAAGAAUUAUUUCAUUGUA